AAAAUAUUCAGCAGCAGGAGCCACCAUCCAAAACUCGGGUGUCCCAAUCGUCUGGCGCAUUCUCAUUGAAACUUUUUUUCUUCCGACCUGCGACGACUUCAAUUCUUUUUCUACUCCUCCCUCACCCAACGACGUUCGUACUAACGCCCAUCAGCCAAAAUGACCAAGGUUAACCAGAGCGUCGCGUCUUCGCGCCGCAAGUCCCGCGCUGCUCACUUCGGUGCUCCCUCCAGCGUCCGUCGUGUCAUCAUGAGCGCGCCCCUCUCCAAGGAGCUCCGCGAGAAGUACAACGUCCGCUCCAUCCCCGUUCGCAAGGACGACGAGGUCACCAUCGUCCGUGGCGCUCACAAGGGCAAGGAGGGCAAGGUGACCUCCGUCUACCGCCUCAAGUACGUCAUCCACGUCGAGCGCGUCACCCGCGAGAAGACCUCGGGCCAGUCCGUCCCCCUGGGCAUCCACCCCUCCAACGUCGUCAUCAACAAGCUCAAGAUCGACAAGGACCGCGAGUCCAUCCUUGAGCGCAUCAAGGUCGGCCGUGAGCUCCGCGUCAAGAGCAAGGCCACCGCCUAAAUCUCCCGUCUAAAAACCGACAAUGAUCAAUCUCUCCUAUCUUGACGACGGGCUCGAAAAAUAAGAGUCUUUUCACGACGGAAUGGAGUAGAACCCAUACCAAACCAUCAAACAAAAAGCGGCAGUUCAAGGGAAUGACGGCACAGCUAAAAAAGGGACGAAUCGACGGGCAUCAAUACCAUCUUCCACGAUAUCCAUCGACGGCGUUUAUCUUUCGCGAAACGACCUUGACACGUUUUGGCAAGGGAGGGGAAAAGACAUGAGGGAAUCACGAGGGCUAAACAAGGGAAAAAGUUUUAGAAGAUCAAAUCGAGAAGAUUUCAUUUUCUCAAUGGCC